GGCUUCAUUCAUAAGACUGAGAGGUACGGCUUCGGCAGGGACAGGCGGAGCUGAGACUUGGGGACUUGAUUGUUGUGGUUCUUGGGGGCUGUGAAGUUCGCUUUAUUAUUUUUUUCCGGAGAGAAAGUUUUGGGGAGGAUUCUUCUAGAUAAUUCUACAUUUUAUUUUGGAGGAGCGACUUACUCUUUUUGUCUUCUUUAUUACUCCCCUCCCCCCGUGGGACCCGCUGGACGCGUGGAGAAGACCGCACCCGAAGCGGAUUCUAUACAGCAAGACAGCGCUUUCCGCCUCUGGGGGAGCGAUCCCCCCCACGCCCCUGGGUCCUACGGAGCCUGGACUUUCAGGAGGCACAGCGGCAUCUUGUGGGGGCCUGGGCACCGCAGAGGAAUUGCACAGAAACUUUGCCAUUGUUGGAGCGGGACGCUGCCCCCAUCCCGAGUUUCCUCGGACAGCGCGCUUUGGGGACGCCCUCGGCUCACCCCGGACUCGCACCUUUCUCUUCCACCCGGCCAUAGCCUUGGCUUCCCGGCGACCUCAGCGUGGUCACAGGGCCCCCCCUGUGCCCAGGGAAAUGUUUCAAGCUUUCCCCGGAGACUACGACUCCGGCUCCCGGUGCAGCUCCUCACCCUCCGCCGAGUCUCAGUAUCUGUCUUCGGUGGAUUCCUUCGGCAGUCCACCCACUGCCGCCGCCUCCCAGGAGUGCGCCGGUCUCGGGGAAAUGCCCGGUUCCUUCGUGCCCACGGUCACCGCGAUCACAACCAGCCAGGACCUCCAGUGGCUCGUGCAACCCACCCUCAUCUCUUCCAUGGCCCAGUCCCAGGGGCAACCACUGGCCUCCCAGCCCCCGGCCGUCGACCCCUACGACAUGCCAGGAACCAGUUACUCCACGCCGGGCAUGAGUGGCUACGGCAGUGGCGGAGCCAGUGGCAGUGGUGGGCCUUCCACCAGCGGAACCGCCAGCGGACCUGGGCCUGCCCGUCCGGCCCGAGCCCGGCCUAGGAGACCCCGAGAGGAGACGCUUACUCCGGAAGAGGAGGAGAAGAGAAGGGUUCGCCGGGAAAGAAACAAACUGGCAGCAGCAAAGUGUAGGAACCGUCGGCGGGAACUGACCGACCGACUCCAGGCGGAGACAGAUCAGCUGGAGGAAGAAAAGGCAGAGCUGGAGUCGGAGAUCGCCGAGCUCCAAAAGGAGAAGGAACGUCUGGAGUUUGUGCUGGUGGCCCACAAACCGGGCUGCAAGAUCCCCUACGAAGAGGGGCCGGGGCCGGGCCCGCUGGCGGAGGUGAGAGAUUUGCCGGGGUCAGCAUCCGCUAAGGAAGAUGGUUUCAGCUGGCUGCUGCCGCCCCCACCACCACCGCCCCUGCCCUUCCAGACCGGCCAAGACGCAUCCCCCAACCUGACAGCUUCUCUCUUUACACACAGUGAAGUUCAAGUCCUCGGUGACCCCUUCCCCGUUGUUAACCCUUCGUACACUUCCUCGUUUGUCCUCACCUGCCCGGACGUCUCCGCGUUCACCGGCGCCCAACGCCCCAGCGGCAGUGACCAGCCUUCCGACCCCCUGAACUCGCCCUCCCUUCUUGCUCUGUGAACUCUUUAGACACAAACCAAACACACACACAAGGGAGAGAGAUUUGGAAGAGGAGGAGGAAGAGAGAGAGAGGGGAAGAGACAAAGCGGGCGUGUGGCCUUCCUGCCUCUAGUGUCUGACUCCCUGCGACCACUGUCAUCGGACAGGAGGACCUCCUUGUGUUUUGUGCCACCUCUUGUUUCUAUGGCCCGGCGAGGCCACAAAGCUGGUGACUUUGGGGGCAGGGGGUGGGGAGGGAAUGGACACCCCCCAGCUGCCUGUUGGCCCUUUCACCUCAUCCCAACCUCUGGGGAGGGGUGGGUGGGUGGCGGCGCCUCGCUUUGGGCAGAGGGAAAGGGGUGCUGGUAGUGGGUGGGUGGGGGGGGGGGGGGUGGAGUCUACUGGAAUCUUCUCCAGAGAGGCCCAACAAGGAAAUGCCACAGACCGCCCCCCUCCCCCACAAUGUCUCCCACGCCCACCCUUCAGGGGGUGACCAGGCUGGUUCUCCCUGCUCCCCUGACCUUAGCUUAUUUAUCCAACAUUUCCACAUGGUUAGAUCCUCCUCUGAAUUGAGCCUCCCUUUAAGGGAAGUUGAUGCCUCCUAUGAUGCCCUCCUACCCAGACUUAGUCUGAAAUGUGAACCUUCUUCCCUGAUUGUCCAGCCGCUCCCUUCCAGCAAAAGUGGCUCUGAUCUGAAUUCCUGGCCUCUUAAGGAUCUCCCCCCAUUCAGCCCCCAGCCGUCCUCUCGGAUUACAGUGUUACCCCAAGCCUCCCAGCCUGGCUCAGCCUUCCCUCCUGGCCUUCCUUGCUGGGCCUCUCUGAUUCAGGCGGCAGGGGGCGCUGUGAUGCCCGUCCUGGAGCGCUUUAUACUGUGAAAUGAGUUGGCGGGAUUGUGGGGGGGGGAGCCCGGUGGGACAGAACCCUUCCGGGGGGAUUGUGCCCCCCACGCCUCAAAGCCUUUCCUUGGUCUCCCCUCCCCGCCCCAGCUGCCUCCCUCCUCCCCCACCAGUGAGUUAGACUCAAGGGGUGACAGAAUUCGAGAGUGGGGGUGACAGCCACCCAUCCGCGUGGCAUCUGUCCUCAGGACCCCCAGCCCCAAGUCCUGGCCUUUUUAUUUAAGGCCUGACCCCCUACCCCGGCCUAGGACGCCAACUUCUCCUUCCCCUCGGCACCCCCUACAUCCUUUCUAGAAAGGGAGCCGUGGGAGUUUGCCAGGGGGCCCAGUGUUUUUCCGGAGAAGAUUUGAAGGCCGAGGCUUUGGCCCCUCAACCCCCCAAUAUUUUCGGACUGGCAAACUCGAAGGGGCUGGACCCCCGCGGUCCCAGCUUCCCUUCCCCAGCCCGCAGCCCCGAUCCUUGGUUUUGCCCCCCCCCCCCCCCCGCCCCAAUCCCCUUUCCUUGUGCUUCACCUCGCGAGGAUUUCAUCGUGAGGCAAAUUGAUAUUUUUUAACUUCGGGAGGGCCACGCCGCCUUCUGUGCUGCAUGGAAAACAUUCCACGUGCCCCGUCCCGCGCCCGCCUCCCCCGCCCCAUGGCUAUUUAUCCCUUUCCUGGUUUCCGAAAAGGCACUUAUAUCUAUUAUGUAUAAAUAAAUAUAUUAUAUAUGAGUGUGUGUGUGUGUGUGUGUGUGUGCGCGCGUGCGCGUGUGAGCGCUUCUACAACCUCGGCCUAGGUCGCGUUGGGCCCCAAAGCAGUGUGCUGUUUGAAUUGGAAGAACGCUGCUUCUGGAAACUUAGGAGUCGGCCCCUUUCAGGCUGUCUCUAAUGAUCGUCUCGGCCCCUCUGGUUGUUUCUGGCAGUCUGUGGCUGUUGUCCCUUUCUCGAGGGUCUCUUCCACUCCAGUCUUUUCUCUGCCUGUGUUUUUUCACCUGGUCGUUUCCAUCUGUCUCUUUUCUGACUGUCCCCGAUCGGCCAGCUGUCUCCUGACUCUGGGUUUUGUCGGGGACAUGAGAUUUUCUUUUUGGUGAGUGAGCCUGAGGGAUCAUAGACUUUUACAAUCUGUAUCCUUAAGGAUUCUGAGUGUGAGUGCAAGACUGUGAGCAGGGCCUGGCCCCUGCCUGCGACAACUUACUGAAUCCCCAGCCCCCCAACCCCCUGCUGUAUUUGUGAUUCUCUUUUUGUAUUUUGCACCUGACCCUGGGGGGCGCUGGGGGCUGGCUGGCACUGGGCCACUACCCUCCCCCCCAUGGUUCUGCACUGUCGCCAAUAAAAAGCUCUUAAAAAUGCA